AUGGUAACAACACGAGGAAUGGCUAUGGGCACUGGGCCAAAGGUCAAGCCUCCCCCGGCUAAACCUUCUGAGGCUGAGAAAGCUGCAAAAGCCGCCAGAAUCAAGGCUAAAAGGGAGGAAAAGAAGGCCGAGAGGGCUGCAACGAAGGCCUUAAAUGAUGCGAAGAAGGCUGCUGCGAAGGCCGACAAGGACGCAGAGAAGGCUGCUGCAAAGGCCAAGAAAGAUGCAGAGAAGGCUGCGAAAGCCGCAAAUACCAAAAAUAGCGCAAAACGCACAGUUGCUGCUAAGACCAAAGCUACGAAAGCCAUCAAAGUUACUAAAGCCGCCAAAGUUACUAAGGCCGUCAAAACCACCAAAACCACCAAAAAGGCGAAGGCCGCAAAUAAAAGAGCCAGGGCAGCUACCGUAGAAGCUCCAGCAAAUCAACAUGAUGAAGAUGAGGAUGAAGAUGAAGAAGAAGACAAGGGAGAUCACCAUGAGCCACAGGCCAAAAGGCGCAAGAUUGCAAAUCCGGCCCAUGAAAGACUUUAUGGGGCAAUCGGCCCCCCCAAACCAAGACCGGCUUUCGAAAUUGGGAAAUGGGACUACAUGAGGAAAACGGAUAUCCCGGGGGCUGUGGUGAACAAAGAUAACAGAUCUCUACCGCACAUCUGGAUUGGAGGCUCCGCACCGCAGCCUCGUUGGGUUGUCACUCAAAGCGAAACCAUAGGAGCCCCUCGCAAACAAUAUACCUCAAAUACCAAGUCCACGAGGAGAGAGAUUGGAGAUUUGCAAUGGACAUUUGAAGAAGGUGACUUCCAGAAAUGGACUGGGCUGGAAUACCCAGCUCUUUAUGAAAUUGCAUACUUGUGCCUCGAAUCUACGCUAGUUGAUACGGAGAUCCGAGAGCAGAUUUAUGAUUCCCUAGCCGAGGGCCUCUUGCCCAAGGAUGUGACCAUUGGGAACACAUGGUACCCAGCUCUGCCGCCAGUACCCAUCACAAGGUACUUUACAGCAGGAAGCUCCAGACAAACUAGUCGAAAAUCAAGUAACGCGGUUACGGGCUUUUACUUCAAUGACUAUCAGCGUCCAAACAUGGCAGUCCGACCAUAUAUUGAUCGCCACGUGCCGCCACCACCCCGUGCCGCAGCUGCCAAUAUCUAUGAUCGACCCAGAUUAGAGAAUUGGCCAGCUGCCCCGCGCUCUGCAAGUCCGGAUGUGGAAAGCGAGCGGGGCAGCGAAGAAAGCCAGUCAGUCAAGUCCAGGAACCCGUCUGUGACUGAGGAGGCUAUGGACCGAAAUGAAGAGGGCGUUUACUCGGAACCGACAACCCCAACAUCUCUUAUGAAUGAACAGAACAAUGAGCAAGACGGCGAGCUGGACAGCGAUCAGGAGGGCGAAGAAAGUCAGUCAGCCGGGUCCAGGAGGGCGUCUGUGAGCGGGGAGUCUGACCUUGAACAAGAUCAAGAGGGCACUUACUCAGAACCGACAACUCCUCCACCUCUUGAAGACAUCGAGAAAACUGCACAAACCGAUACAAUCUCGGAAGAUGGUUCAAUAUUUGGUGACGGCAAUGACUAUGAUAAUGACGUUCGGGCUGAACCCAACUCAGCUCGAGACUCUCAAGAACCUAACAGUCCUUUCUCUGGCUCCGGCUCCGACAGCGAGGUCAGCGCUUCUUCCAAAACCAGUGAGCCUAGAAAGUUCAAAGCCGCUGACGAUAAUAGCGCCCAAUCGACGAAUAGCCUGUACCCAGUAUCCCAUGAUGGGCAUGACGGGCUCUUCAGCCCUGGACAGAUUGAUAGAUAUUAUAGUGAGAGGAACACCGUUUUUGAGCAGGAAAGGUUAGGCGGGCUUGAACAUCACGAAGCAUUAGAGCGAAAGAGCCAAGCACAGCUGUCUUCAAAUCCUGGAAAGGAGAGGCUUACUUCCAUCGAUGCCCGUCUCUUACAAGAGGCGAAGGAAAAAAAUCAUGAAAUGAGAGAGCUUACAGAGUCAAGUAAACGAAUGCGGGCGGAGUCGCCAUCAACACGAUCACCACCUGCGACUCGAAGGAAGACAGCGGCUGAGACCAGGGUGGAUGAGACUAUGUCGUUCGUAGGACAAGAAAAGCGAGAUGAAAUGAGAGCAGCUGCAGCAGAGAAAGUAUCAGACAGACCACCAGUGGCACUAUUGAAGAAGACUACAGGAACUCGGGCUGGUGCACGACAGGCGGACGCACCUAGUCCUGAGAUUCUGCCUAAUCUGCAAGAUGGGUUCCUGGAACAGACUAAGGCAUAUCUCAAUGAUCCAAUUCAGCGGAGGAAACAUUUCCCUGACCCUAUUGCUGUCCGCCGGGCCAGAGUGUGGGCAGGAGAGGAAUUGGUGGGCCAUGAGAUCAAACCCACAGUCGACGCUACGCUACCCCCUUGGGCUGAAAUUCAUCGGCCUUUCAGUCAAUGGAAGGAUCCGAUUGGGAUAACCCCUGCCCCCGCGGCGCGCACAAAGGUCUCGAGAUCGAAAAAACGGAACAAGGGACAAGGUAAGAGACGGCCAAAGCCAGCAUCUGCAAAAGAGCAGUCAAUCAGUUCAGCCCGGUGGUCUUCGUUUAAUUAA